AUGGAAUCGGAUAAAAAUCGACAUCCUAAAAGCCGUUGUAGUAGCGCGGCGAAUUCGAGAAGACAUUCAUUAUCAGCACAACUUACACGAACAGUCAGGCGUCUUUCCUCUACAGUGGCACCACAACUGAUAAAACUUGAUCCAUUACCAUUGCUUCAGAAUUAUGAAAUGCUUAAUAUACGACUAGCAAACGUUGAACAGCUUCAAGCAGCUCUCGAGAAGUAUAUUAUCAAAAACAGUGUAAACUUCAAUCCGAUUGAUUUUAUAAUAACAGAUGCAAAUAAUGUUCACGUACUCAGCGUUAGCUUACACCCUGAGGAAAUGAUUCUUUCUAAAGGCACCAAGAGGAUUUUUUCGAUCACAUUUGACGAUUCUGAUCCUGAAGAAUGUGGAACUGUGUUAGCUAAAAUCAGACAUCCAUUAUCAGGCAUGCGAAUAUUCGAAUUUUUGGAAUUACCAUGCUCAAAUGUUGUUCAAAUCACCUCAUAUAUUGAUCAGUGUAAUCGCUGUCAAAUUAAACUCGUAUCAAAUUCAAAUUUUAAUUUCUUCUCAUUAUGCGGUCGUUGUUUCAUUACACGCGCAAAAUGGCAAUUCAUAAAAGAAGGCAAAAUUUAUGCAUUUAUUCGGCCUAAUGGUAUAUUUUUCGAUGAAAAUUCAUUACGACUGCAGUGGGUGCCACAAGCAGAUAAUGAAUUAAGAAUGAUUGUCAUUGCAUAUGGCAUGACACAAAUGGUUCGGCAAGUAUUUCCCUCUCUGAAUCAUAUCAUAAGCGAGCAGUAUCAGCAAAAAAAUGGUAAUAUUUCUUUUGGUUGA